UACAGUAGCUGAUCCAAGGCAAGAGCAAUGCAUUUCUAAAAUAACUACCUCUUUGCGAUGACAAGCCUUGUCCACAGGGGAAGAAAAAAAAAAACACCCUACCUCUCCCCUUCUCCCCUUUUGUUUAUUGUCCAGUGUGGGGUGGCAGCCAGUGGGUUGGACUAUGUUUUGUGUGGAGUGUGUGUGUUGGCAGGGUUAAAGACUAACAGUGAGGACUUAAGCAGGUAUACAGCAAACUCUCUUGCUCUGUCAUGAGCACAGCUUGAUGCAGACAAGCAAGAGCCAGGGACUGAGGAGAAGCCACUAGAUACAGAAUGAUGAGGUGGUGGAAAUUCUCAGAAACCAGUUUGGAGGAGCCACAGUGCAUGCAUUGUGGCCCCGUAGGCACCUCCAGGUUUCCACAGCGUGUGUUAUGGGGCAGCCUCAUUGUUACACUGCUCAUUGUUAUCAUUGCUGUCAUCAUCACUGGGACAUUCACACUCCAACCAGACACGCAGUCUUCACUGCAGGUUGUACGUACCACAGCUCCUGACCACCCUGCUGCUCUGAUCAAUCAGUCUGCAUUAGUAGACAAACACAACAGUAUAGUGACCUACUCUGUCAGCUCACACACAAAUGACACCUCUACAGUGCUCUUUGACAUGAAACAUGGGUUAAUAUGCUACAAGCCUGACAGCCAGGACAGCUGCUUUCUUCGUCAAAUGGAGCCGUCUGAUUAUGAAAACAUGCACAUUCUCUUGAAUGAGUCCAAACAACAGGUGAAUGAGAUCUGGCUGAUGGGAAAUAAGACUCAGAGACACACUGAGUUUUUAGGUGUACUGUCAGACCGUCGUGUGGAUGCUUCAGUACUACAGCAACCGCUGCAGACCUUCUGUCAACAGAGACCUGUGUACUGGACCAGGAGAGCUGGAGGUCCCAAAGAAAGACUAAUUUACUUCUGCAUUGACAUCUGCUUCCCCAACAACGUCUGUGUCUCGGUGUGUUUCUACUACCUGCCCGAAUGAGUUUCCAUUCAGCGUGUGUGUGAGCACACAGCAUGGAAACACACAUCCAUCGCCUCUGUUAUGGAGACACAUUCAUGCUGCUAUUACUGAGACAACCUGGAAGAGCCACAUACACACACACACACGCACACAGCCACUCUGAGAAGGCAAAAAGAUGCAUCCAGUCAUGUUAUCCAGGCCUUUUUUUUUUUUUUUAAACAAUAGUUUUCCAAGUCAGAGACUUGUUGCUGCUUAUAUUUGUGUAACCUGAUGCAGAUGAGUAACUGAAAGCACUGUUCAGCUACAAUAAAAAGUCUCAUGAUUU